UGAGCAAAACCAGGUUGUUCUUGCUGGCUUUUGUCCUUCAGGUGGUCGGGAUUUGCCAAGGAAAAGUCCCAAGACUGAGCGUAAGGUGCAGGCGUCUCAGACCGCGUCCUGGCAGGGGAGGCACUGCUCGAUCCCCUGCUCUCUGUCUCCUGUGUCCGGAGGAGAAGGAAACACAGCCAAUGCGAUUAUCGGCUCAUUAGCCAAAUCCCAUCAGAACCGGCCACUCCGCACAUUCUUGGUGAUUUAAUUCCCCCAUUUAAUUAAGUCCUCCCCUAGACACGAUUAGCUCACAUUAGAGACUAAUUACCUGUUAAUUUUCAAUUUGGCCCUGACUGAGCUUUCUUGCCUCAUGUCAGAUUUGCUCAAAAACAGCCUCUUUCAUCUCUCGGUCGGGGUUUCUGUUGAUCUUGCUGCCUCCCAUGACAUGUGCAUGAUGGCAGCGUGCUGGGGGGCUUCUGGAGAUGCUGUCCCUUCCCCAUCCUGCUUGGUUCUUCCCACCCACCUGGGAGCUGCCAAAGGGAUGUGAGUACCCAAACCAGAAAUUAUUCACUGCACAAAACUUUCACCUUUGCAGCUCCUGCUCCGCUGGUGCCCACCGACUGUGGGCCUUGAGUGUUUUUUUUUGUUUUGUUUUGUUUUUUAUCUGUUCGAGUGUCUGUCACGCCAGGGGCAGGCUGGACCUGAGGGGGCUGCAUGUGGCCAGGGCUGGCUGCAAGGGGAACUUUUGGUGCAUGGUGCACGGGGAACGUUUCCGGGGGUCUGGUCUCUGUUCCAGAGGGUGCUUCUGCAUUUUAUUCAUAGGAUGGUACAAUGCGAAAUGCAGAAGCUGUCCAGGAAACAGAAGGCAAUGCUUCCCCCACCGCCACACCCCCUGGAUGUGUUUGCAAGAGCCGGCCUGCUAUUUUGGUGCGUUUCUGCCGUGCAAAAACCUCCUGGCAUUAUCUGUUAAUCGUGCAGCACAGUGUCACGGUUUCGACAGGAGGGGGUGACAGUCCUCUUCUGAUCCACGCCAGCCUGUAGCUGUCUGCUGUUAGGACACUUCUUGAGAGGAUGGUGGGCUGUGGGUUUGCCUCUCCCCACACCACAGAAAGCAAAAACCUCGCUUCUGCCACUGGCCAGGCGAGCGCUGCGAAGGCUGGGUGAUGCCGGUACCUGCGGCUGUUCCCAGGAAAGUGAGCACAGGUUUUGAUGGGAAGCUUCACCCCGCAGAGGAGCUCUGGGAUGUGUGGCUGCCUCAGUGAGAGGCUGGCAGUCACAAAGCCCAGGGCUGCUUGGAGCAUAGUUUUAAAUUUUUUAAAAUUCAUCAAUUCCACAACCUACUCGUUAAUUUGCAAUUUUUAAAACGCACCACUAAAAAUCAUAGCAGCAGCCCCAAGCAGCAAGAUUUCCUAUCCUGCUUUCCUCUGUCACACCCAUUGCACUGACAGCGGAGAGUGCGGGUGGGCUGCCACCAAAUGCACCCAAGCAGCUGCUGGCAGUGCUCACCAAGGAGGGUGAGGAUGUGUUCUGGGUGUCUUGCAGGAUGGAGGGAUGUGUGGCCAGGGCCGUGAGCUGAGCUGCUUCAGGAGCUUGGGACACGGCUGCUGCCUCAAACCCUGCAGUGGUGAGCUGGAAAAGUGUGCUGUUACCUGCCAAGUGGGCAAGGAGACAAAUUAUGAGUUUAGGAGACGUGUGGGAAUAUCAUGGGAGAUUAAAUGAUCCUGGCCUUCCUAGGUGCACGAGGUGACCCCAGGGCAGGACCAGGCUCCCUGAUCUCCUGGGUUUCCUCCACCCAUCUGUGCCAUAGGAGCGGGGACAGGAAGGAGAUGGCCUUUGGUGGCCCUUGGUGGUCCUUCAAUCUGCUGUUCUGCCCUGCCUGUCCUGCUGUGGGGCACCGGGGUGAAGGUAGGUGCAGCCAUGCAGAGCCAGGCACGGUGGCACUUCCCCAUCCCACACGUGCACCUGCACAUGCUGAAUGUGUGUCCCCGGCACAGCUUCUCAGAGGAGAAGUGUGAAAGCACUGCUGAAAUCAAAAGGAACCAAUAACCAUAGUAAAAAAUUCUGUGUAGAAUCAAAAAUUUUUUUUGAGGGCUGCGGUGUCUUGCAGAGCCCUGGUGUGAUUUAUUUUUAAUGCUGCUUGUCUAGCGCUCCUUCACCUUUCUCACAGCCCAGCUUGAGCAAUGCGGUUCUGCAGCCUCGUAAGUUCCCCUGCCUCUUACGUGUGGUGUUCACCUCCUCAUUGUUUUCUGCUUCCCACCGUACUCACAGAGCAGAUGUUCUCUGUUAUAACUCAGAUCGGGCACGGUAGCUCAAGCAACUUGUUGCAACACACUUGUUGCUAAGGCGCAGCUGUUGCUAGCACAGCUUUUCUGACAAGAGCAAGAAGAAGUUUCCCCACUGUUAUCAGGCUUGUGCAAACCCGAUGCAACUUGCACAGCAUCAGCAGGCAGCCCCAGCACAACCUAGAAAUGGUGAAGUGGUUUGCAGGCUGCAGCUUUGCUGCUCUUGAGCUAGUGGGAGACUAAAUUUCUCUGAGCUGCCAGGUGCUAGGCUUGGGGCUCGGCACCAAUCUUUUCCAAGAGCGCAGCGCUCGUGUAGGAGUUAUUUCCUCUGUCACUGUUGGUUUGGUGCCUCAGAAAAAGCUAUUGUGCCUCUUCUCCAUCAUGUAUCAUACUGUCCUACCACUGGCAGGAGGCAGGGGCUUUUGCACGAGCAGUAGUGCUUGUCCUCAUGUCAGCAGCCCAGAAAAUCACGGCCUUUCCCCUGCCUCCCCCAGUCUCCGACGACUUUCUUCAUCUUAGCCCAGUGUGAAACCUGCACACGUGUCAGGCAGCAGACAUUUGAGCAGCUGCAUUGCUGGAGGAUAUAAACCAUUGCAGACAAGCUCUGUUGAGGUUUGGAGGAAGCUGCGUGCGUUGGGGACUGCACCAGCUCGCUUCCUGCAGCAGCGCUGGGUUUCCCACCGAGUCCCACACACCCCACAUUUGGGCUGCCCGAGUUUCUCUGUCCCGUGCCCAUGGCCCAUCCUUUCUCAGUGGUUCUGCAUGCAGCUUACCUGCCCAGCACCACUGCAGGAAGCUGUCACUGCUGCAGGCUUCCUCAUGCCCAGUUCCUUGGCUAGGAGGGGUGAAAGGUGUGUGUGUGGCUGCUUGUAGCACAUGUUAGCUGGAGCGAGGACUCGGCCCCAAUGAAAAGCUUUUAGUGAGUUCUCCUGCUGUGCUUUCAGCCAAGUUCUUGAUCUGGGGCUCGAUUAUUCGGUGAAUGCAUUUCCAUUUUGAUUAUAUGCUCGGGAAGGCAUGGAGGUGGGAACUUGCUUCGAGGGUGGGUGCCUGUCACUGCUCCUUCCCCGCUAGGAAGUGCCAUGAUUGAUGAGCACGAGCGGGACGUGAAACUGGGUCAGAUGAACGGGCUGAACCCCAUGAGCUGCUGUGGCCAGGAUGCUAUCAGAAAGCCCUCGCACCAGGCAGUGUGGGGGUGUUGACCUUGAUGGAGCCACGAUCCGUCCCCGGGUGGCAGCACAUCCCUGGCCUCAGAUAACAGGGGCAACACAGCUCGUGAGGAGGAGCGCUUGGCGGCAAAGCAUUGGCAGGGCAGAGAGACAGCGGUGAGGGCUGCUUCCAGCCCCAAGCCCUCACCAACCAGCCCUGAGUCAUGCUCUGACAAAUGUCAAGGUGUGGUUUAAAGCCUGAGUUGUUUUCUUUUUUUUUCUUUUCUCAAACACAAGCCUCUUUUAUCUACCCCUCGGUAGUCAAGCUUUUCUACCUAAGCAGACUGGAAACUUCUCCUCACCAGACCUCUUUCUCACGUUGCCAUCUCAUUUCGGCACCAAGGGUGGUCAGAAAACGAAGCUAGAGCUGCAAGGGCUGGCAGAAGGCACUGUGGUGGUGAGCUUGAUGCUUCUCCAGGGCCCUGCCCGAGGCGCUCGCAGAUCGAUGCUCACUGGCCAGCUGGCUGCCCACAGCCAGAGAGUUUCCCAGAAAUGGAGACCUCAGUGCUCCCCGCAGCAGCUUCCCCACCACACUUGUGCUGAGGCAGUCGCAUCUUCUCAGUGCUGUGGUUGGGAGGCAUGCGUGGGCUCGUGCGGGUCGGUGACACAUGGGAACAUGCUGCUGCGAACCUCGGAGCUACUGCUGUGAGCGUGGGGCAGCUGGUGGGCUGUGGGUGAGAGGGCUCGCGAUGGGGCAGCACGUGGGCUGCUGUAGGUGCUCCUGCCUCCGGACACUGUAGCAGAGGUGUUGAGGAUGGGUUUUGUCACGAGGCUGGUUGCAGCUGCUGAGCUUCAUAGGUUGGAUGCUGAUGGCAGUGCUGGUGUCAGAAGCACGUGCUGCGAUGCUGCUGCGGGGAGCCAGCAAUACCUGUGCCGGGCUGCGUGAGGCUGCCUGCAGCAGCAGCCCUCCGAGGGAUGCUCCCUGCCAGCCUUCCUCCAGCUCAGCCCUGCAUGCCUGCUGGAAGGUGCUUCUGCAGCAUUGCUGUCGGGGCUGCUGAUUUUGCAAGAGGCACAUCCUGCCACCAUCACCCCCAGAUGUGACUGCUGAGGUGCAUGCAGCUCUCAGUUUAACAGCCCCCUCAAGCCCCCAGGACCUGCCAGCCCCCACUGCCUGUUGUACAUGGAGGAGAUUCCCACUGUCCUGCUGUCUCUCCAGGAGCUGAGCAUCUCACCAGCUGGCUUCAGCAAGGGAGGGGCAGCCAACAAGCCACCAUCUCUUGCAGAAGGAAGUUAGGGAAUGUGUUUUGCCAGGUUCCUCAUGAUGCCCAUCUCGGCGAUGGAGCUCUGCAGAUCACAGAAGCUCAGCAGUCCUUCCUGUCCCAACCUCAUCGAUCCGAUGCAGCGGCCAUGGGAGUAGAGCAGGGAGGCACAGGAGAGCCUGCACAUCGCAGCAAAACUCUGGUUACCUGGUACAGAUCAGCCCCUCCUUGCUUCUGACAAGCAGAUUUGUUGCUAUUUUGCAAACCAAACAGCAGGUCCAGCCCCUGGGGAGCUGCUGAUGGAUCACACUCCAGGUUGUCCCCGAGCCCAGCAUACCCUCCUUGCUGACCCACUGCCUCCACUGCUUGUCUGCAUCAUGGGGAAAAAGGAGACAGGACUAAAGCUUCCCCCCUACCAGUUUCCUUCAUGGCCCCUAAGGCUCACAGUCUGCUUUCUGCAAGCAGACAGGUUGUGAUUUCCUGCUAUUCUCGUGGGAACCAGGGCCUAAAGGGAAUACACCAGCUGGCGAGUGCCCAGCCCGUGGCACUUUUGUCCCCAUGAGGUCUCCAGCAGCUUCAGCUCAGUGGCGGUGACUGCAAUGCACCCAGGUGGGCUUUGCAGAUCUCUUUCCUCCGGAGUGCAGUCAGCGGCGUGCAGAGCAAGUGGACAGGAUGGGGGUGGCCCGGCAGGUGGUGGGGAGAGGCACACAAGCCCCAGCUCAGCACCCCCAGGCAUGCUUUCUUUGGAUAAACUCAGUGCUGUGUGGGUCAGCCCCUUCCCUCCACCCUGCCCUGCAGCACCUGCCUGUUUGGAUGCUGGUUGGAUGCAGGUCACUUUACAGAGGUGCCAGCCAGAUGCCUUAAGACUGAGGGAAAGCCAAGACAAAGCCAAAAUAAUGCAGCUGGCUGCUUUAAUUUGCAGGAAGAGCCAGGCAGCAGCAGACUGGUUUCACGGGUGAAUCUUUCCUGCUGUAUCAAGCAUAAAUUAAUCAGGUAUUCCAUUUCCCGAGGGGGAAAAAAAAAAAAAAAAGCAGAAUAAUUCACUUAGAAAUAAAGACUAGAGCCAUUUUUCCCUUUGACAUGUUGAACGCAAUUACCUGAGGCAUGGGAGGCUGAGAUAACUCACUCAUUCAGCCCCCACUCUCCACAGAGACUGUCAUCAUUCUGCCAGAAAAGGCUUUAAAAAACAAUUCACCGCCUGAAUGCUAAAACGGUGCCACGUACCAAACCUGUCCUUACGAUUUCCACGCACCAGCUGCAACAUCACAAGCAAAACUGCUCCCUUCGACAGGGCAGUGUUUGUUAUUCUCAGGGCCAUAUAUACCAUGCAAGCUCCCUGGUUUUGCUGUCCCUUUUCCCAGCAUUGUUGGUGUCUCCUCCUUUAGGAGCAAAGCUCACUGACAUCCUAUUUGGAAAGCUCAAUUAAUUGCAACCAUAAGCCUGUGCUUGCCCCCAAAUAUAACAAUGUUUAGGCUGCACCCUCCACUCCCACCCUCUUGGCCAUUAUCUAAUAGGCAGUGGAGUAAUGGCUUUGGGUAAUGCUGUUUGAAUGGCAGGCAUCCAGUUCUGGGCUGUUUAAAUUUUUUUUUUUUUUUUUAUGGUGGGGGGAGUGUAGUUGGGCGGGGGGAGAAAGCACCAGUUUGGAUUGUCUGCAAUCCCUGUUUUGCUUUUGGAGCUUUAGAGGACAGACAUAUUCUUCCAUCUCCACUAAUCCCCCUCUGAUACUGAGGAUUUUCCUGCCAUUAAAUGAUAGCUUGCGAGAAAAAAAAAUGCCAACUUUCCAGAGGCAGACCCAUGCAGCUAAUGGCAGCCUUGUGAGCAGGAGGGAGGACACAACCACUGCCUGGCCAGAUAGGAGCACACCAUCGGCACAGCUGGUGGGCAGGAUGUGGACCAGCUCGUGAAAAAGAUCAGCAAAAAGCUGCAGGAUUCGCUGAGAAGCUCGGUGGUGGAAGGAAGGCGCUCAGCAGGAAGGCGCGGAUUGCUGGGGACUGCAUCAGUUCAAAACCGUGUGUGAGAGGAUCUUCUUUCUUAACAUAGACCUUGCUAUGGGAAAAUGAUGCAGGCAAAUGACAGAGGCUGAAACCUGCCUCAGCUCUUCCUGCGUGCUUUUAGAUCCCUCAAGUUUGCCUGCCAGACCUGAAAUGCCACUAGUGAAUAAUCAAGUGAUCCUCUGGGUGCCCCGUGCCCAUGCGGUGUGGGCCUGCGUGCGGUCCUGCCCGGCCAGCUGUGUGUGCACCCAGGAGCGGAGCUGCUCCGUCCUCUGUGACCGUGCUGGCCUGGGGCAGAUCCCCAGCGAGUUCCCUUGCGAAGCCUCCUCGAUCAACCUGGAUAAAAACAGCAUCAAGUUCCUCGCCGAGAGGGCCUUCGGGACUUUGCCUUCCCUCAAGUCCCUGUCCCUCAACCACAACAACAUCUCCUUCAUCACCCCGGGAGCUUUCAAGGGGCUGCCCAGCCUGACCGAGCUGAAGAUGGCCCACAACGAGUACAUCCGCUACCUCCACACGCGGACUUUCACCGCCCUCAGGCGACUGGUCAAGCUGGACCUGGCGGAUUGCAACCUGUUCAACAUCCCGGACAGGAUCUUCAUCGAGCUGCCAGCCCUGCAGGAGCUCCUCUGCUUCCAGAACAACUUCCGAAGGAUCCCAGGUGCCAUCAGGGGCAUGGAGAAUCUGACCCACGUCUACCUGGAGAGAAACAGGAUCGAAGCGGUAGCCUACAACUCCCUGCAGGGCCUGAUCAAGCUGAAAUACCUGAAUCUGCAGGACAACAGGAUAAAUGUCAUCCACGAGCGAGCUUUUCAGGGCUGCAGAAAGAUGGAGUACCUGUACCUGAAUGACAACUUGAUCAGUGAGCUUCCAGAAAACUCCUUUGACGGCCUGAGGUUCCUGAAAAUGCUCAACCUGGGGGGGAAUUUCCUCAGGAACGUUUCCAACACCUGGUUCCGGGACCUGGUGGAGCUGGAGGUCCUGUACCUGGACCGCAACAGGAUCAACUACAUUGAGGAGGGGGCUUUCGAGAACCUCACCAGCCUGGUCUCCUUGCACUUGAACAGCAACAACCUGACGACCCUGCCCUUUUCUGUCUUCCAGCCGGUGUACCUCCUGGGGCGGCUGUACCUCUUCCGCAACCCCUGGGAGUGCGACUGCCGCAUCGAGUGGCUGAAGGAGUGGAUGGAGAGCUACGGGCUCGUCAGGGAUAUCCCCUGUGCCUCCCCGUCCUCGGUAGCUGGGAUUGACCUGAUGGACGUGCUCUAUGACAGAUCACCAGAAGGUUACUGUCUCGACCCGGUGGAGCUAAACGUCACGUCCGACAGCACGACCCCAAGCGGAGAGCCUUUCUCUACCACGGAGAGCAAGUUCAACAGCCUUAUCUCUAAACUCUUGCUCCAGAUGGGCCUUCCUGAAGAGGUGUCAAACACCACCGAGGUCUUCAGUAACGCCACGCAGCUGGAUGGACUGGCUGAUGGGGUUUCUUCUGGGGCAGGGGAAGAUGGCCGCAAAGCCGCCGCCUUCUCUUUUCAGCUCCCAGCACUUCUUACAGUGGUUGUUUUGCAGAGCAAGUAGUCCAAGGGCUGCCUGGAGCAUGGGUCCUGCUUAAGCAUUUAGUCCCUGUCCCUACCUAGCCCUGGGCACCACCUGGGGCUGCUAUGCCAGCUCUUGCAAAAAGGAGAACGGCACCUGGGGAGGGUCUGGAGAAAGACAGCAUGUUGACUGAGACCUCAGACAGGGUUUUUAUCCUUUCUCCCCCUGCUAUCCUGGCAUAUCUACAGGAAAACCGGAGAGACCCGUUUUCAUCAAAAGUCUUCUCAGAGGAAAAGCUAUUUCAACACAACAGCAUACUCAUUAAUGACUGUUUCAAAUGUGUUCUUAUUUUUCAACAAAUAUAUUGUUUCAAGGAGUAUGUUGUUUUUAUUUAUAGAUUAUUUCAUGGCCUGACAGCUGGAGCAGAAUAUGGUGAAUGUGGCCAGGCUGUACUAAAUAUAUUACGUUUCUACCACCAAUGUAUAUCACAUGGCAUGCCAUAUUAUACAGUGCUAACCAACCAUACUGUCAUUUUCUUUUAUAUGACAUCUUAUAUGUUUUGUCGUUGAAAUCUUCAAUGAAAGCUGCUACUCUGACCAGAAGGAUUUAUAUUUUCUGUAUUAGAACACAUUAACAAAACAAUUUGAUAUUUUCCUCUCAAAAAUAAAUUAGUUGCUCAAAAAGAUUUUAUUUUGAGAUCCUUGAAUUACUCCAGAAUUCUUUUUGAAGGCUCAGUGGGUACACAUGAAUACCCCUUUAAUAGUCUAGAGCAAAUGGCAAGGUGUUUAUUACAGCACAAAGAACAGAAAUUUUGACUUAGGAAGUGGCAGUGCUUACAUCUGUGUUAAGUAGCAAUGCUUUAAAAACAAAGUGACUAUAUAGAAAUACACCUGUGUGAUAUUUUAAUUAAUUAAAUCCUUAUACAUAGCUUACCAUACUGUGGUGUACAUGCUCAUAUGAAAUUAUAUGACAUAUACAAUCCUUUAUUACUGCUAAAAUGUCAUGAAAUGAGAAUAAAAC